AAAAUAUUGAAAAUCUUGUCCGAAACAGCGCACCCAUUCAUCAUACCGGCUUGCUGCCAGCUUCCCUGAAUCCAUUUUAAAAAGCAAAAUGCUGAUAAAUUAAUCAAAACUAUGUUAUCUUCUUCUUCUGCGGCCGGAUUAUAAAGAUCGUAGCAGAAAAAUUGCUAGCCUGGGUUGAGUUGAGUUGAGCUGUGCACCGGCGGUUGACGGCAGUCCGGCCGAAUUCACCGCCAGUUGGUAGUAGUUGCAGCAUUAGUUUUGGAGCAGUGUGUCUCAACUCGGAGAAGCAUUUCAUUCACAGCAUUGAAACGGUAUGGUGAAAGUAGGCUCAAAUGCUCGAUGAUGCAUUCAGCUUGACGCUGUAGUUAACCUUUCUGGCUCACCAACGCUGGGAUUGAAGAUCCACAAGUCGAACCUGAAAGUCUGAAACGAUGGCUCUUCGAUUCCUCUACUAAUCGUUGACUGGAUCUGGAUUUUUAAUUUUGGGUCCUCAGAAAUGGCAUCAAAACCAUUCAACCAAAGCAGGUCGUCACUCUCAAUAUCAUCAGAUGCUCAAGAUUCACAAAAUGGCAAGCCUCCACUGCCCCCUACAGUGACCUUUGAUCGAAGAACCUCAUCUGGGCGAUACGGGAAUUACUCUAGGGAUGAUCUUGACAGUGAACUUGGGAGUGAAUUUAUGAACUAUGUGGUACAUAUACCACCCACCCCCGAUAACCAACCUAUGAUUUCCCAGAAAGUUGAGGAGCAGUAUGUAUCAAAUUCACUUUUUACAGGAGGAUUUAACUCUGCCACUCGAGCACAUCUCAUGGAUAAGGUGAUUGAAUCAGAGUCAAACCAUCCUCAAAUGGCUGGUGCAAAAGGAUCAUCAUGUUCCAUACCAGGGUGCGACUCUAAAGUGAUGAGCGAUGAAAGGGGGAAUGAUAUCCUUCCUUGUGAAUGUGAUUUCAAAAUAUGUCGGGAUUGUUACGUUGAUUCUGUUAAAGCUGGUGAUGCAGUAUGUCCUGGUUGUAAAGAGUCAUAUAAGACCACUGACUUGGAAGAAAUGGCAGAAAGUAGAAGGCCACUCUCACUGCCAGCUCCUCCCGGGAUGUCAAGAAUGGAGAGAAGACUGUCCUUGAUGAAAUCAACAAAGUCAGUGCUAAUGAGGAGCCAGACUGGAGACUUUGAUCAAAACAGAUGGCUUUUUGAGACGAGGGGCACAUAUGGGUAUGGCAAUGCUAUAUGGCCAAAGGAAGCAGGGAUUGCAAAUGGGAAGGGUGAUUAUGUUGCCGAACCAUCAGAGUUAAUGAAUAAACCAUGGAGGCCUCUCACCCGGAAAUUGAAGAUUCCUGCUGCCAUUAUCAGUCCAUAUAGGCUUUUGGUUUUUGUUCGGAUGAUUGUUCUUGGGUUUUUCUUGACAUGGAGAGUCAAACAUCCCAACAAUGACGCAGUUUGGCUAUGGGGAAUGUCUGUGGUCUGUGAAAUUUGGUUUGCUUUCUCGUGGAUUCUUGAUAUACUGCCCAAGCUUUGCCCUAUUAAUCGUGCUACUGACCUUAAUGUUUUAAAAGACAAGUUCGAAUUGCCUACACCAAACAACCCUACUGGAAAAUCUGAUCUACCUGGCGUAGACAUAUUUGUCUCUACUGCAGACCCAGAAAAGGAACCCCCUCUUGUCACUGCAAACACUAUAUUGUCCAUUUUGGCUGCAGAUUACCCUGUUGAAAAGCUUGCUUGUUAUGUUUCUGAUGAUGGAGGGGCACUUUUGACUUUUGAAGCCAUGGCAGAAGCUGCAAGCUUUGCUAAUGUGUGGGUUCCCUUUUGCCGUAAACAUAAUAUUGAACCGAGGAACCCAGAAAGCUAUUUCAAUUUGAAAAAAGACCCAUAUAAGAACAAGGUGAAAACUGAUUUUGUAAAGGACCGGAGAAGGGUAAAGCGUGAGUAUGAUGAAUUUAAGGUCCGAAUCAAUGGCCUACCGGACUCUAUUAGACGUAGAUCCGAUGCUUAUCAUGCUAGGGAGGAGAUUAAAUCAAUGAAACAACAACAUAGAGAAAAGGCUGAAGAUGGUGAACCUAUGGAGAUUUUAAAGAUUCCAAAAGCUACAUGGAUGGCAGAUGGAACUCAUUGGCCCGGGACAUGGAUUAAUUCUGCACCUGAGCAAUCCAGGGGUGAUCAUGCUGGAAUAAUACAGGUGAUGUUGAAACCACCAAGUGAUGACCCAUUACACGGCUCAACAGACGAGGGUUUGAUUGACCUGACAGAUGUAGACAUUCGUCUCCCCAUGCUUGUUUACGUGUCUCGUGAAAAGCGGCCCGGGUAUGACCACAACAAGAAGGCAGGAGCCAUGAAUGCCCUUGUUCGAGCCUCUGCAAUCAUGUCAAACGGUCCCUUCAUUCUUAACCUGGAUUGUGACCAUUAUAUUUACAACUCCCAGGCUUUGAGGGAAGGAAUGUGUUUCAUGAUGGACAGAGGCGGUGACCGCCUCUGCUAUGUUCAGUUUCCUCAGAGGUUUGAGGGUAUCGAUCCAUCCGAUAGGUAUGCCAAUCGCAACACCGUAUUCUUUGACGGGAACAUGCGAGCCCUUGAUGGGCUUCAGGGGCCCGUUUACGUGGGUACUGGUUGCCUCUUCAGACGCAUUGCACUUUAUGGAUUUGACCCUCCCAGGUCCAAAGACCACCACACUGUUCUCUGUGGUUGCUGCUGUCCUGGCCGUAGCAAAAAAAAUGUGAAGCAUGCCAACUCAGAAGAGCAUCGGGCCCUCCGACUUGGUGGUGGCAGCGAUUCAGAUGAUGAAGAAAUGAAUCUCUCAUUGGCUCCCAGAGCUUUCGGGAACUCAGCUGUGCUAAUUGAUUCGAUUCCGGUUGCAGAGUUUCAGGGCCGCCCGUUAUCCGAUCAUCCAUCAGUUAAAAACGGAAGACCGCCUGGUGCUCUGACCAUUCCUCGGGACCUUCUAGAUGCAACUACUGUUGCCGAGGCAAUCAGUGUCAUCUCCUGCUGGUACGAGGAGAAGACCGAGUGGGGCCGGCGAGUGGGAUGGAUUUACGGGUCAGUUACAGAGGACGUCGUCACGGGAUAUAGGAUGCACAACAGGGGGUGGAAGUCAGUUUACUGUGUGACAAAACGAGAUGCCUUCCGUGGGACCGCCCCUAUAAACCUCACUGACAGGCUUCACCAGGUCCUUCGCUGGGCCACGGGUUCUGUUGAAAUAUUCUUCUCCCGGAACAAUGCCCUCCUGGCCAGCUCAAAAAUGAAGUUCUUACAGAGAAUCGCAUACCUCAAUGUAGGAAUCUACCCCUUCACAUCCAUAUUCCUAAUUGUGUAUUGCUUCCUUCCCGCGCUUUCCCUUUUCUCAGGGCAAUUCAUUGUCCAAACUUUAAACGUCACAUUCCUCACCUACCUCCUAACCAUCACAGUCACUCUUUGUAUACUCGCGGUGCUUGAGGUUAAAUGGGCGGGAAUUGAGUUGGAGGAGUGGUGGAGAAAUGAGCAGUUUUGGUUGAUCGGAGGGACAAGUGCCCACCUGGCCGCCGUUCUUCAGGGCCUCUUGAAAGUCGUCGCCGGAAUUGAGAUUUCAUUCACAUUGACUUCAAAGUCCGGAGGAGAUGACGAGGAUGACGAGUUUAGCGAUCUAUACAUCGUCAAGUGGUCGUCACUCAUGAUCCCACCCAUCACCAUCAUGAUGGUCAACUUAAUAGCGAUAGCGGUUGGGUUUAGCCGGACAAUAUACAGUGUGAUACCACAAUGGAGCCGACUGAUAGGAGGCGUUUUCUUCAGCUUUUGGGUUUUGGCGCAUCUCUAUCCUUUCGCCAAAGGGCUUAUGGGCCGUAGAGGCCGAACGCCAACCAUUGUGUUCGUCUGGUCUGGUCUUGUUUCUAUCAUUAUAUCCCUUCUUUGGGUUGCAAUCAAUCCGCCCGACAACACAAACCAAAUCGGUGGCUCCUUCCAAUUUCCAUGAUCCUUCUUCAUCCGAGUUUUCACACAACCACCCAAUUUAAAACUGAACUGAAAUGAGCCAUACAGUGUGUAGUUAGCAAGUUUAGUUGACCAACAAGACAGGCAUGCAGGCUACAUUUGGACAGCAAUUUAUGAUUUGUUCAUUACUAAUUUUUAAUGCCCAUUGUGGCUAAGACAUAUAAGAUGGAAAUGAUAUUCUUAUUGCAGAUAGCGAGUUAUAUAUUGAUUGAAGCUGAGUUCUUUUUAGCUUAGCCUCUUUGUUCUUUAUUACUUGUGACAUUAUUAAUGAAAGUUUGAAUGAAGGUAGAUGGAGGCAGACGAUGAAAUGUCAAUAUGAGAAGUGUUUUGUUUU